AUGAGAGAGGAGUUUGAAGAAGUGAUCCAGGCACUGGACGAGGUUAAAAAGAGAGACGAGAACGAGGGAACUAUUCCUGACGUAGCCCAGGACGCCUGCCAGAAGGACAAUGACGAGCCGCCCACCCAGAUGCCUGCAGGCCUCAGCAUCAAGGACUUCAUUAAGGAGAAUAUUGUAAAGAUGGACCAGCAGCAUCAGGACCUGGAGGACGUGCGGCACUACAGCGUGGAAGGGGACGAGAUGUCUGCCGCGUCACUUUCCUCCCUGACCUCAGGGUCAUCACGGGGCGACAUGAUCUUCGACAUCCGAAUGGAUUGUGGUCAGAAGUUUGAAAAGCUUGCUCGACUCUACCGCGGAGAGGUAGAUGAAGACGAUUUAGAGAACGACUCCCCGAUCAACCCAAACAAGUCAUCCCAGAUCCCAUCAUUCUUUCCACAUGAGUCAAGCCGUAACACAAAUGAGAGUGAUGAUCACCGUUCCCCUCCUUCCCCAGCACCCUCCUCUCCUUCGUCUUCAUUAGGAUCAGGGAGAAACUCCUCCUAUAUUAGUAUGACUCAUCCCGAACAGCCGCACGUGCCCAUCACCCGGAGUAGCGUUAGCAAGACUAUUGCUUCUGUCCUGCAAAACAAGUCUAAUAUUAGUGUCCGUAAGCCUUCCUACCCUGCAGAAGACCAUAAAAAAUCGUCAUUCUCCCACUCCUUGCAUACGUCUAUUCGUGAGAAGGCCGGUGCAACGUCAGUAUCCAUUAAACAAACACCCAACGCAUCUUCUACGUCUCUUUUCUACAAGGCGCAGCAAACUGGACAGACGCUCCCUGAAAGUAAGUGGAAUCCUGAUGAUGCCGCCGUCACCACGAUCAAAAAUCUAUACACAAACCCAGCUCACCGCUCCGCCACGACCACUAGAGAACCAGAUACCACCACGGACAACAAGGUGAAAGCGACAAAUGAACCCGUCGUGAAUGGACAUUUAAAUCAUAGAAACCAAACCCCCCAUAACUUUUCAGAGAAAUCAGCGAACCUAAGUUCUGCGGGAAAUAAAAAGCGUGAUGACCAGAAAGGUGCGGAGACAUGGUGCUGAUGAAGGACGGCAAUGUGCAGAAAUGCAAAAUCUAGGAGAGUGGCUAACCUCAUCUCAUCUUUUGCUCAACUGAUACUCUUAAUAGACAUUUCCUCACUUCUGGGCGACGUGCGUGUGGUAACAGUGUGUGCAAGUGAGCUAGGGCAUUUAUUUUUAUUUUUUAUCGUUAAUAAAUAUAGCAGUUACAAUUUCUUUGGCGUGACUUCAUUGAGUCCCCAGUAGUAUUUGGAGAAGUCCGCAAAACUAAGCAAUGCCGGUGUCAUAGGGAAUUUGACUUCCCCCUAUCGCGGCAUCCCCGAACCAUUCACCCUAGUGAAUUUAGCUUCCUCGAGCCAAAAUCCCUGAGGUUACUUGGACCCCCCCUUGGUAUCCCCCUCCAUUUUUUGGCACCCCCGAGCCAUAUACUCUAGGGAAUCUUUCAUCCCUGUACCGAAAUCUCUAUGGGAAUUUAGAACCCCUUUUAUUUCCUACUGAAACAUAUAAUUUCAUUAUUAUUCUUAUUAUUAUUAAAAUUGAUUUAAAAAAAUUGAUUUAAAAAUAUUCAAAUCAAAUUGGUGGGUAGGCGGUGGCCGAAGUGAUAGCGUACUGGACCCACAUUCGCCGCGUGAUGGACGACGCGGGUUCGAAUCCUCACGCUACCACUCGGAUUUUUCAGUCACCGCCGAGUGGCUUAAAACUACCCACAUGCUGUCCUGAAGACCACCCAUCAACCCGGACUCUAGAGGAAGCCGUCCAAGGGAAUCAAGAACGAGUUCCGGGGGGCAGCAUGAGCCAAUGCAAGAUGGCGCCACUAUAAACACACGCCUGCGCCAGAACGGGCUGGGCCGACCAUCAGGCCCCACCUGGAAGAAGCCUUGGGCCGACCAUCAGGCCCCACCGGGAAGAUGCCUACCGGCGCAAUAGGCAACAACGUAAAAAAAAAAAAA